ACUUUAAGAUUUACAGUAACACAGGGGGAGGGAGCGAGGGAGGGAGAGCACAGUUAACAUGUAAUAAAACAAACCUAAGCAGGUUCAACCUCAAAAACAUUAAUGUCUGGAGAUCAACUUCUACACGUGUGGAGUCUGAUUUACACCAAAGAUGCCAAAUUAGGGCAUUUUGUGAGACGCGCUCUGUUACGUUGUAUGUAAAUGAGCUGCUCUGACUGUAAGGACAUUCCUCUCUCGACCUUUCCAAAGCAAUGGACAUUGUUCGGAAGCAGAUGCUGCUCCUGUUGGCUUGAGACCUGGUUGUGCCCUGGUGGGAUGGAGUUUGCAGAGCUGAUCAAGACCUCCAGAGUGGACAAUGUGGUCCUGUCUCGUCCCUUUGUGCCCUGUGUGACAGGAACCCUGUGUGUGACCAGCCACCACCUCCUGCUGUCCUCCAGGGCUGCUGAGAACAUGGAGCUUUGGCUAUUGAUCAGCAACAUUGAUGCCAUCGAGAAGAGUGUUGAGAACCUGUAUGGAGACCACAGCUUGAAGGUUGACGGGGACAGAUCCUCAGUGUCUUCAGGGACGAUAACCAUUAAAUGUAAAGACCUGUGUGUCAUGUACCUGGAGAUUCCUGGUAUGGAAGAAUGUUUGAACAUUGCAAGCUCUAUUGAGGCUCUGUCAUCUCUUCAGUCCAUCACUCAAAUGUACCCUUACUUCUACCGCCCCAAGAACCUAAAUCGUCAGGAAGGAUGGAACUUAUUCACUACAGAAGAGGAGUUCACUCGGCUUUCUGCCAAUACCACUAACUGGAGACUCAGCUACGUGAACAAAGCCUUUGCCGUGUGCCCCACCUACCCUGACGCGGUGCUUGUGCUCAGGUCUGUGGAUGACGAGAUGCUGAAGGCGGUGGCCAGAUUCCGGCAGGGUGGACGCUUCCCGGUACUCAGUUACUAUCACAGGAAGAACGGGAUGGUGAUCAUGCGGAGUAGCCAACCAAUGCCAGGGGCCAACGGAAAGAGAUGUAAAGAGGAUGAACAGUUCUUGGCUGCUGUUCUUCAGCCAGACAGAAAGGGCUUCAUCAUUGAGACCAGGUCCAUCCAGGCCACCCACCAGGCCAGGGUGAAGGGCGGAGGAUUUGAGACCAAAGCAAAUUAUCCCAACUGGAAACGUCUCCACCGGCCAAUAGAUAGGGGCCGAGGCCUGCAGGAGAGCCUGGUCAAGCUGGUCGACGCCUGCCAUGAUCAGUCCAACAGCAUCGACCGGUGGCUGAAUAAAAUGGAGGCUUCGAAAUGGCUGAGCCACGUCAAAACCAUCCUGACCACAGCCUGCCUCGCCGCCCAGUGUGUGGAGAGAGAAGGAGCGUCUGUGCUGAUCCAUGGCUCCGAGGGACGGGAUGCCACACUGCAGCUCACCUCUCUGGCACAGAUUAUCCUGGAUCCAGCUUGCAGGACUGUGUUUGGUUUCCAAGCUCUCGUUGAACGGGAGUGGCUGAAGGCAGGCCACGCUUUCCAGCAGCGCUGUGCCAGCUCUGCGUACUCUCACGCCCGGCUCAAGCACGAGGCUCCCGUCUUCCUCAUCUUCCUGGACUGCUGUUGGCAGCUGUGCCGGCAGUUCCCCUGCUCGUUUGAGUUCAAUGAACGUUUCCUCAUUGCGCUGUUCGAACACGCUUACGCCUCCAGCUUCGGCAGCUUCCUGUGUAACAAUGAAAAGGAGCGGUUCACUGAGAAGGUGCAGGAUAAUUCCAUAUCCCUGUGGGCCUGGGUGAACCAGCCGAGUCAACUCAACAAGUUCCUGAACCCACUGUAUGAAAAGAACACUUUUGCUUUAUGGCCUUCAGUGGCUCCACAGAGUUUGCAACUUUGGCAAGGUUUAUUCCUGAGAUGGAACCGUUCUGCACAGCACCUGGAGGAGGCCUGGGACCAGACCACCCACAUCAUGGAGCAAGCCAAGAGGAAACCCACCCUCACAAACCAGGAGUCACCAGGGCAGGCAGAGUGAGCACUGCCAACGCCGACACCAGUAAAACUCACAACAAUCCUUCUCACCACUCAGCCUCUGGAGAUAGGAGAGAGGCCAUCAGAGACGCACUGACCAUUCUGCCGUUGCUGUUUCAAAUAUGUGCCUGUUUGUACUCCCUGUGCUAACACAGAUCCAGCAAUCCAAAACACUACCGUGUAUGAAGGCAGGGUGCCGUUGUAUAUAUAAGUUGUUGUUGUCUCCAAAUUUCAUCUCAGUGUUUACAGGUCGACAUUGGAGUGGAUUAGCUGCCCCGUUUGCCUACUUUACCAGCCCUCACUUUCAUUUCCCAUCAAUUAUAUUUUGCAAAGGGUUUUGAGACCUUUGAAUCCCGUUGAAUGUUGUGGCCAUUAUAAGGGACCUCUUAUUUAGCUUUGUGGCCGUUGUAUUAGAGCCACAAAUAGAAAUAAAUUGUCCUCACCUGGAAGCUGAGAAGCAUUACUGUUUUGCUACCACUCGAUGGCGACAGAACUCUUUAUAAAAAUAAUAAAUAAUCCUUG